GGAGGGUUUGCAAAGCAGAGAAAGAGAAGAAGAAGAAGAAAAUCACGAACGAAUAAUCAACCUAGAAAGAGCAAUGAAAAGGACAGUAGCACUAACCCUCUCGUAAGUUCCAUCUCCUUCUUCGUGAUAAACAUGCAAAAAAUGCAGACUUAUAUCCGAAGAAAGAAAAUUACCCAAAGAAAAGAAAAUGCAUUGAAAUUAACUUUGCAUAUCCCAGAAAGUUGGAAAGAUCCCAGUUUCUUUUCCCCCUACUAUUUCCCCCUUAUCUCUGCCUUGAUGACAUGAUCAAUUCAUAUGCGCAAAAGAAAGGAGACACAAACUUUGGAUACCCCAGUUGCUAACUAUAUGUGAAAAGAAUGGCUAUGAGCAAGAGAACGAAGAAACAGAAGAUGUAGAUAAUGAGACGGAUGGUAUGGCCCAUAAAGUACAGUGCAUGACCCUCCACAGGCCAAAAACAAGCAAAAGAGGUGGAAAGCUUUCUUUGGCAAAGUAUGGUCUGUGGAGACAAGAACAAAAGACUCGAGCAGCAAGGCUGCAGAAACAACUCAAGGCAAGGUGGGAAUUUGAGCAGUUAAUUGAGGAACAAUUGAAUAGGUUCCAUCCAAAUUACAACCGAGCCAUGAUCCCAACCAGGCUAAAGGAUGUCGCUCAAUUCCUCAUGCCUAAAUGGGCUCCACCCAAUGAAUUAGCUGCCCUUGCCUGGCUUGGAGAGUGGCGGCCCUCUGCCAUUCUGGACCUCCUCCAAGGCCUGGUGCACUUCCCAUCAUCAUCCUUAAAGGAUUCAAAUGACAUGGAAAGGCUCCUCUCUCAGGUUAUCAGUGAAAUACGUGUUGAGGAGGUAAUAAUUGAUGAGGAAAUGGCUGAGAUUCAAGCCACAUGUAUCUUUCACCUUCCCUUUGCUCCUUUCAACAAGUAUCCAUCACGUACUACUAGAUUGGCUUGCAUUCAAGCUGAGUUCAAGAAGAUUGAGAAAGUCAUCACUAAGGCCCAACAGCUCAGGUUUAAGGCAUUGGAAUUGGUGGCAAUGAAGGUGUUAAGCCAAACUGACGCAGCAGAGUUCUUAGUGGCAUUUAUGGGAAUUCAAGAUUUAAUCCAUCAGUUUGCAACAACACAGAAAUUGCCGACACAUCCAGUCACCGCACCUGUUAGGACAUUGUUGCACAGUUAAGAGCCUAGAAGUCAUUGGAAAUGUGAUGUAAAGCCAAAAAAUCAGCUGGCAAGAGAAUCUAUAUGACAAUCCAAUUAGAGCAAGCAGAGUUGUGUAGAUUAGUGGAAAUUACAGACAUCAUCAUGUUAAUGUUCUCACUUUCUUGUUAUCAGUUGUAAUAUACCCGAAACUGCAAGAAAGGUACAUGUUGAUAACAUUUUGUUGUUCAAACUAUAUGUGAAAGGAAUCCAACAACAGAAUUGCAUUUCAACUGUAUCUCUUUUUCUCUCAGUUUUGUGCCCAUAGUUUGUUGGACAAAAGUUUGAGUCAAUAAUCAAAUUUAAAAGUA